UUUGACUCAAUGAUGGAAAAAGAUCAGUUGACUAAGCUUAUUACUUUGAAAGAAAAUGAAGAGGUUGAAGAGUACGAGUACCAAAAUACAUUGAAUACUCACGUGAGAGAGGAGAAGAAAACUUUUUCCAGUCAGCAACUAGAAUCACGGAAACGAAAUUGCGAUUUGGCUUUCUCGGAAAAUAAUAAUCCACAAAAAAGGAAACAUGUAAUUGAAGAUGUCGAGAAGAAUCCGGUUUUAAUACCUAAACUAAGAAAGAAAAUUUCGAACAAAAAGAAUAGCUUUAAAGAAAAAAAUGGCAAAGGAAAGAGCUGUAAACGUAUAGAAGAAAGUGAUUUUGAAAGUGAAGGCGAUGAGUCUUCUUGCAAAAGUGAAAAUGCCGGAGAUUCUGGGUCAAGUGAUUAUGAAAGUGAUGGUGAUGAGUCUCCUUGCGAAAUAACGAAGAGGAAUCAAAUAAAUCGAUCAAUGAUUUCCGUUAUGAAGGAAUAUUGCAAAAAAAAUUCGACAUCUAAGUUUGAAGAAUUUGCACCAAAUUAUUGGUCCGAACUCAUUUCCGAUCGUCCUAAUGUAAUUAAUGUGGUGUAUCAUGGUGAAUUAAAACCAAUUCUUGAUCAUUUGUUUGAACGAAAAAGACUAAAUAUUCAACAAGCUCGUGCUCGAUGGGAAAGUUUAAGAAAUAUUAAGGCUCCUGAAUAUGAGGAAGGAUUCUCGUAUAAUAAAGAUGACUGGAAAAAAAUUAUAUGGUGGAUAGAAUGGGCUGUAGGUCGAUUUCUUGAUGCAUUUGAAUCUGAACGAAACCCAUUAAUGCAACAAGAUUGUCAUGAGAGAGAAUGGUUGGGAGGUUACCUGAUUCCAAUUUUUCAAGGUGCUUUGGCACUUGAUGGUCGUUUUCGAGUAGCAUGGUUUGUUAUUACAAUUGAGUUGUAA